AUGAACCUCGACGUUUUCAAGGGAACCGAGGACACCGUGGGCAAACAGAAAAUCAAGACCGCUACCCACGUUCGAGAAGAGGAAAGGCUUAUGCAAUUUUUGAAGGCAAGUGCUUUGGAUGUGGACGGCACGGACACAAAUGAUCGCAGUGUCGUAACGUGA